UCGUCUCGCCCUUGUGCGGAACAUGCUGGAGCUCGCUGGAAGGGGUCCACCUCGCCCUCAACGGCCCAGGGGUCGACCCCCGGCUGUUAGAUCGGAGCCAUCUCGAAUAGGGGAGGUCACAACACAACAUUGGCCGACUUCCUCUACUUCGAAGUUGAGAUGUCGUGAGUGUUCUUCGCGUGGGAUACGAAGAACCGUCCGGACAAAGUGCGUCAGGUGCGACAUCGGACUGUGCAUUUCCGGAUGUUUCCAAGAAUACCACACGAAGGCCACAUUCCGGUAGAUGACGCAGGUGGAAAGACAGACACUUAAUGCAGAUGGUGGCCAAAAAUUACAAUCAACAGCAUAUGAGUUUGGUCCAGGAAGAGGUCUGAUCACAUAUACUUAUCCUGAAGACAGAAGACCAGAAAUGAAAAGUGAUGUUAUUGCAUUGGGUUUCAUUACAAACAAAGAAGAUGCAGUUUUACUUCGAAUUGACAGUGGCACAUCAAAUGAUUAUAUGGAACUUGAAAUUGUGGAAGGAAAUAUUUUUAUGGUAUAUAACAUGGGCACAAAUGACCAUCCAAUUGGUGAAAUUGGAGUAAAAGUCAAUGACAAUGCAUAUCAUGUUGUAAGGUUUACACGUUCUGGUGCCAACUCAACAAUUCAGGUUGAUGAUUACAAUGUCCAGACUAAUCACCCUGAAGGCCACCAGCUCUCAGUGUUCAACAGUCAAGCUCAAAUUCAGAUUGGGGGGAAGUGGAAUCAUGCCAAGCAACGUGUUGAAAGGCCUUUUUCUGGUGUCAUGGCAGGCCUGGUAUUUAAUGGUCUGAGAUUACUGGAUCUUGCUUCAGAGAAGGAUGGCAGAACAUCAGUGAGAGGCGAUGUUCAGCUUAUGACAGGAAUUAGGGAUCGACAGCAUGAACCACUACAGCGUAUGCAACAGACACCAGCUUCUGGUUUCCCAGGUGUGGAAGAUGAUCUGGUCUUUUCAGGAGCAGGUUCAGGUUGCAAUACAGAUGAUGAAGAUGAGUGUACUCCAGUGUUUGAGAGUGGAUCAGGAGAUGACCUUAUUACACCAGUGUAUGUUCCUCCUACAAGACCUCCAGCCACAACUCCCAAGGUGACCCCAAGUACGCAGUGUGAUGAUGAGGACUGCGUGACAGGCUCUGGGUCAGGUGAGAUCACCACAGAGGAUAACAAUACAGGAACUCCUGAAAAGGUAUCACCACCUCAUAGCAGCACAAUCCCAGAUGGAACUUCCAAGCGUGAACCAACAGAUUCCAGUACAUCAGAAAUUCCUCCUGGAUUAGUCCCAAGUAGUGGUGUCAGUGCUGGUCCAAGUAUGUCUCCAUCGUCUACAAAUGGCUACAGCACACCAGACAACUUUAGCAGUGGAUCAUCAUCAACAACAGGUAGCAGUUCUGGCACCAUUAGCACUUCCACCACCAGCACGGAACCACCACUGCCCCCUGUGAUAAUCCCUCUUACACCAAGGCCACCUAGACGCAAAGGUCAAGAGCACAUCACCUCUGAGGCAGCUGAAAAAACAGCUCUCAUCAUCGGAAUCAUAGCAGGAGCUAUGAUAGCCAUCAUACUUAUCAUACUUCUCAUCCUCAAAUUUAAGGGUCGAUCAGAUCAUUCGUAUAAAGUUGAUGAGAGCAAGAAUUAUCAACAGUCACAAGGACCUAACACUGCUCUCCUUGGAGCAGGUAAUGGCCGGCAACGUCCACAGCAGAUGAAUGGAAAUCUUAAGAACGGUAGUGACAAGUUCGGAAAUAAAGCCACUAAGAAAUGUGACGUGAAGGAUGUUAAAGAGUGGUAUGUGUAAUAAUCGUAUACGAAUGAUAUCGGUAUCAGAAAACUUCAUAUCAUUCUAAGUGUUAUAUUGUUUUGUGGCACCAGUGACAAUGCCAGAAUAUAAAUAGAUAAAGUCACACAAUGUGUAAAUAGAACACGUGACUUGUGUACAUCAUUUCCUACAAUUGUUGCAAACUGUGUGGAAUUUUAGAUGAUUCCGAGCCAACUACCAGUUAUAUAAGACUGAAUUAAGUUUCUUCAUAUCACAGACAUAAAAGAGGAAAUGUUAGUCAUGUUGGCUGGUCUGCAUAUAACAGAUAAUUUUUAUUGAAAAUUACACUUAUGAUUAAUGUGUUUCUUUCCAGUGUAUAAUUCUGUGAACAUGACAUUAUGUUUUGCAUGGUAGAUCUAGUUCUGUUAAUAGAUGGAAAGCUAGGGAGCAACUACUUGUUCUAGUUCAUCAAAAAGAGAUAAUCUCAAUCAUUGGACCAGAGAGUAGGCAUCUCCCCUACUUUUCAUUUGCCUGCAAAAAUUGGUCCAGUUUCUGAAAUGUUCUUAUAACAGGUGAUGGAAAAAGUCAAGAAGAUGAGUAAUCCCAAGUGUAAUGUAUCAUUAUCAGGACCCCUUAGGACUGUAAAAUUACAUUUAAAUUUUUCAUUAAAUCUUCUUUUUGUGCCAAAAAUGGAAUCAUUUAUAUAUAAUUAUUGUUUGAGUAAGUGAAUAAAGAUGCAACAUCUAUACAAAUUUAGCUGCUCUCUGUUGAGUUCUGAAGUUUUCAUUGGUGUUGAAAUUAUGAGAUGUUCCAUAGCUGUCUAUAAUGUGUUUAUUUCUGUUCUGUACUACGAUAUUUUGAUGCUACAUUUAACUCAACUAAAAGAGAAAAAGUUUCUUCAUAAUCAGAAAGUUUUCUUCAUUGAUUGUUGGCAUACCUGUAUAGCUCCCAGACUUGAAAAAUGUUUGACAUGGCUUUCUUAUCAUUUUUACUGAAUAAGAGAUUAGUUGCUAUUGGAACAUUUGUGAAACCCUAUUAACAUUUUGCUUGUCAAAGGCUAUCCUUAUUUGAAACAAGCCUUGUUAAAACUAAGAAUGAAAACAUAGCAUGUAAACCACAGGUAUUACAAGCUUUGCAUUAACUGCAGGUAUAUGUGCGCAGUUACAUGCAGUGGAUUGGCUUAGUGUGGGGUGGAGUCCACCUGGGUUCACUCGGCAUGGCAGCCUAUUGUACCUGCCCAGGGUUAUUAUGAUG